CUAAAUUGCUGAUGCGAACUAUAUAUAUAGCUUGGUACUUCAUCCUCUAUUCUACUAAUUUGAUAUCUCCAUCUCUCUCACUUCUAAUCUCACUUGCAUCUUAAAUACAAAAUGCCUUCCACCAAUCAAUUAGCUCAGGAGCUUAAGGCACUUCAUAAGCCUGGGUCUCCUCUCGUUCUAUCCAACGUCUGGGACGUCUCUUCUCUGAAUACCAUUCUUUCUUUGAACUCAGAGUCUUCUAGACCUGUGAAAGCAUUAGCCACAGCAUCAUUCGCCAUUGCUGCUACACUGGGUAUUCAAGAUGAAGAGCUUUCCAUGGUGCAAAACCUCGAAGCCAUCUCCAAGAUUGCUCCCCUCGCUGAGCAAGCAGGCCUCCCUCUUUCAGUAGAUAUUCAAGAUGGAUAUGGUGACCUAAUCACAGCAGUUGUCACCGCAGUCGUCGAAUAUGGAGCGGCCGGCGCCAAUAUCGAGGACAGCAUCCCUUCUGCCGGGUUUGAUAAGGGUAUCUCAGGCUCCCUAUACAAACUUGAGGACCAAGUAGUACGACUCAAGCGUGCUCUUGAAGCUGCCAAAGAGGCUGGUGCUCCAGACUUUGUCCUCAACGCUCGAUGCGACGCCUUUCGCCUUGCGCCUUCUCCCGAUUUGACGUACGAAAUUAGACUCGCAGAGGCCAUUAAGCGUGGUAAAGCGUUUCUGGAAGCCGGUGCAACCACAGUUUUCUACUGGGGUGGUCAGGGACAAGGCCUAACCAGCGAAACUGUCAAGACGCUGGUCAAAGAAUUGGACGGCAAGGUCGCAGUUAUUAUGUCUGGGGCGCCCGGUUCCCUCACAACAGCUGAUUUAGCCAAGCUUGGAGUGGCGAGAAUCAGCGUAGGGCCCGGCCUUUAUCUGGCAGCUAUUAAUGCUGUGAAAACUGUAGCAUCGCGAAUGUUCUCGGGAGGUGGACUAGCUUAGAGGCCGUAUAGGUGGUGCUGCUUCACUUAAACCUAUGUAUCCAGAAGCAGUUUUAUGUUAAGAAACGUCAUAUCAUGGAUCAAUAAGAAUACAUUAAUAAACCACUUUCCUAG